UCUCUGGCUGGUAUUUGCCCCCCCUCAAGGCAGCCCUGGGCUCUGCCAACACCAACUGCUGAGCCGGAGACUCCAGAUCUCCAAAUGGCACAAGAGGAGGAGCCAAAAGUCCCAUAUCUCCAGGGCUUGGAGGAAAGAAAGAUCCCGGGAGACCCCUGGACAGGUGAGGGGACAACGAGCGACAACGAGGAGGAGAACCCAUGGCAGGAAGGUCCUGAGCACGAGGAACUGGAUGGACCAGGGUUGGAAGAAGCUGAAGGGGAUGUUUGCCCAGAGCAAAGUGAAGGCUGCGAGAGGGAACAAGGAAGCCAUCCAAAGAAGAAACAGGAUGACCCCAGUGCCCCACAAGGAGGUUUGGGGAAACACAAGGCCCCCACAACCCCCAAGGGGGCAAGCGCCAGGGGGAAGCCCAACACAUGUGAGGCCUGCGGGAAGAGCUUCAGUCUGCGGUCGAACCUGCUGACCCACCAGCGCAUCCACCUGGGAGACCGGCCCUACCAGUGCCCCGAGUGUGGGCGCUGCUUCAGCCAGAGCUCACACCUGAUCACGCACCAGCGGCUGCACACAGGCGAGCGGCCCUACCGCUGCCGGGACUGUGGGCGCAGCUUCAACGUCAACUCCGACCUCAUCAAGCACCAGCGCACCCACACCGGGGAGCGGCCCUACCCCUGCCCCGAGUGCGGGCGGCGCUUCAGCAGCAGCGCCACAGAGAGCUUCCGCGACUGCUCAUCCCUGACCAUCCACCAGCGCCUGCACACAGGCGAGCGCCCCUACGUGUGCGCAGACUGUGGCAAGGGCUUCACCGACAGCUCCCUCCUCAUCAAGCACCAGCGCACGCACCGCACUGAGAAGUGCUACGACUGCCCCGACUGCGGGAAGAGCUUCUCCACCAGCUCCUACCUCCUGCGGCACCAGCGCACCCACCUGCCCGAGAAGCCCUACCAGUGCCCCGACUGCGGGCGGGGCUACAGCCAGUUCGCCCACCUCACCACCCACCAGCGCGUGCACACGGGGGAGAGGCCCUACAUCUGCCCCGACUGCAGCAAGAGCUUCACCACCAGCUCUGCCCUGACCAAGCACAAGAGGAUCCACACAGGCGAGCGCCCCUACGUCUGCCCCGAUUGCGGCAAGAGCUUCACCCAGAGCUCCAAUGUCAUCACACACUGGCGGCUCCAGCACGGCAAGUCCCUGUGAGAGCCCCAGGCCACGUCGCUGACCCAUCCUGCAGCACCGGCCCCUGGCUGCCCUGCGGGGGAAGGGACAGAUGCUGGAUUGGUGGCGACCCUCCAGGGACCAGGCCUCCCUUGCUGCUGCCGAGCCCCUCUGCUUUCCACUUGUCUGUAUGAGGGAAGGAGAAGCAACCUGCUCAUGGGUCCAGCUCCCUGGAGUGAUGAUUCCCCCUUCCUAUCACCACUGCUCUGAACCCAGAGCUCCCAGGGGAGUCCAGAGCUCCCAGACCCUCUCCCCUCCAGACAUGGUCCUGUGGGUGACCGGGUUUCCAGGCUUCAUGCUUUGUCUGGUCAUUGCCCGUCUCACAAUAAUAAAAGCUG